AUGGUCUCGGAUUUCUUCUAUCCAAACGUCGGCGGCGUGGAAGGACACAUCUACUUUCUCGGAGGUCGACUCUUGUCUCUCGGUCACAAGGUGAUCGUCAUCACCCAUUCCUACGCACCGGACCGAGUUGGCGUGCGCUACCUCUCCAACGGACUGAAAGUCUACCAUGUGCCGUACCAGGUUAUUGCACGGCAAGACACUCUCCCCAACUUCUUCGCACUCUUCCCCGCCCUACGAUCCAUUCUGAUCCGCGAACAGAUUCAGAUCGUGCACGGACACCAAGCGCUAUCGUCGAUGGCGCACGAAGGCAUCCUCCACGCCCGCACGAUGGGUCUGCGCGCCGUGUUCACCGACCACAGCCUGUUCGGAUUUUCGGACACGGCGUCAAUCUUGACCAACAAGCUGCUGCGAUUUGCGCUGAGCGACAUCGACGCAGUGGUGUGCGUCUCGCACACAGGCAAGGAGAAUACGACGUUGCGGGCGAAUCUGGAUCCAGCCAAGGUGUCGGUGAUCCCGAAUGCGGUGGUGGCGGAGCAGUUCUUGCCGGAUGCCACGCGGGCAAGGUCGGACAAGCUGACUGUGGUGGUGUUGAGCCGUCUGAUGUACCGAAAGGGGAUCGAUUUGCUCAUUGCUGCGAUUCCAAGGCUUUGUGCUGCUCAUCCCGAUUUGCAGUUCCUCAUUGGCGGAGACGGACCGAAACGAGUGGAACUGGAGCAGAUGCGAGAGCGAUUCCUGCUGCAAGAUCGAGUCGAGCUUUGCGGAGCGGUACGUCAAGGCGACGUGCGAGACCACCUGACACGCGGGACCAUCUUCCUCAACACCUCGUUGACAGAGGCGUUCGGCACGGGCAUCAUCGAAGCCGCAUGCGCUGGUCUUUUUGUUGUCUCAACGCGCGUCGGCGGCAUCCCAGAGGUGCUGCCACCUGCCAUGGUGCGGCUGGCCAGACCGGAGGAGGACGACAUUGUACGAGCGAUGGACGACGCGAUCGCAUACGUUCGAGCAGGCAAGCACGAUCCGUUGGCGUAUCACGAAGCGGUGAAGCACAUGUAUUCGUGGUCGGACGUUGCAAAGCGGGUCAACGGUGUUUACCGCCAAGCGAUGGAGAACGACUUGCCUCGACCGGCACAACGUCUGGCCAAGUACAAUGCGGGAGGGGUGAUCGCAGGUAAGAUCUUUGUGAUCAUCGUAGUCGUGGACAUGUUUUUCCUCAAGCUGUUGGAGUGGUGGUUGCCCGAUCGUUGCAUCGAUCGCUGUCCUGCUUUCCGGCCCCACCAUCUCGAGACGAAGGAGGCAAUGCCGUCAGACUCUGACGCGCAGUCGCCGACCGUCAAGAUGCCCGAGGAAGAGGCUCAAGCCAUAGCAGAGCUCCUUUCUUGA